AUGGCGAACCGAGGGAAUGAUUUUCCUCAAUGUCCAGUUGGAAAAUUUGAUGGGAAAGGAAACUUCCAACACUGGAGAUCGCAGAUGGAGCUCUUCUUCAAAAUAAUGGAGUACACAGAGGUGGUGAUAAAUGGAUUUGCAGAUCCAGGAGACCAAGCAAAUCUCACACAAAAUCAGAGGGAGGAACUGAUUCGAAACAGAAAGAAAGAUAGCAGAGCCCUGAUGUAUAUUUAUGGAGCAAUUGAUUCUGAAGUCUAUGAGAAGAUUGCACAUGUUACCACAUCGAAUGAGGCCUGGGAUUGUCUAAUCAAUACCUUUAUUGGAAGAGAUAAAGUGAAGAAGGUGAGGUUGCAGACUCUACGACGACAGUUCGAGCUUCUUCAAAUGGAGAAAAAGGAAAGUAUCUCCGAUUACUUUGCAAGAACAUUGGCCAUUGUCAACCAAAUGAAGGCCAAUGGGGAGGUCAUCAAAGAACUCCAGAUUGUGGAGAAAAUCCUCCGAACCUUGACGGAGCGAUUUGAAGGAAAGGUCACAGCCAUUGAGGAGUCUCAAGACCUUAAUGCUAUGACGGUGGAUGACUUAAUGAGUUCCUUGCAGGCCUAUGAACAAAGGCUGAAUGAGAAGUCGGAAAUGGUGAUUGAAGAAGCAUUGCAGACUCAGUUAAGCUUCAAAAAGGAGAAAAAUUGGUCGUCCCGUGGUGAGUCAAGCUCAACUCAGAAGAACUAA